CGCCUGCGCAAGGAGGCGGCGGAGGCGCGGCGGUCGACGGACCCGGACCUGCUGCUCUGCCCGUCGGAGGACAACCUGAUGGACUGGCGCGCCUGGGUGCGCGGGCCCGAGGGCACGCCCUUCGAGCGGGGCGUCUUCGAGCUCGAGAUCAAGGCGUGCGGCCAGUACCCGCUCGCGCCGCCCACCGUCCGCAUGGUCACGCCCAUCUUCCACCCGAACAUCCACGGCGUCUCCGGCGAGAUCUGCCUCGACAUCCUCAAGCAGGAGUGGAGCCCGGCCUGGACCCUCGCGUCCGCGUGCACGGCGAUCCGCGCGCUCCUCUCGGCGCCGAACCCGGACAGCCCGCUCAACUGCGACGCGGGCAACGUCAUGCGCGCGGGCGACAUGGACGGCUUCCGGGCCACGGCGCGCCAGUGCGUCGAGGACCACGCGCGCGGCGGCAUGCCGAGC